AUGCCAAACGCUGCUGCUGAGAAGGGCAGUUCUCGGACAUUGGCAUUAAUGGUUACCUCUGCAGCCAUUGGAGGCACUCUUCAGUAUGGCUAUAACCUUGCCAUAAUGAAUGCACCGACAAUUUUCAUUCAAAACUUUGUAAAUGAGACGUUUCGGGAGCGCUGGGACAUCCAGCUGCAGGACUACCAGGUGACUCUGGUCUGGACAGUUAUUGUCUCCAUCUUCUCAUUAGGAGGAUUAUCAGGGUCUCUUAUCGCCGGACCCAUGACCAUACGCUUUGGGAGGAAGAAAUGCCUACUGUUGAAUAAUAUUUUUCUAAUGGCUGGUGCUGUCUUGGCUCUGUCAAGUCGAGCUGCCAAGUCCUUUGAGAUGAUCAUCAUCUCACGUGUCCUGGUUGGAAUAAAUGCUGGAAUCAGCAUGAAUGUGCAACCCAUGUAUUUUGGUGAAAGUGCACCAAAGCACUUAAGAGGUGCUGUAUCUUUGUCAUCAGCUGUUUUCACAGCAUUUGGAGUGGUGCUGGGACAGGUGAUUGGACUCAGAGAGAUUUUGGGCAGUGAGCCAUGCUGGCAGUACCUUCUUGCCAGUAAUGCCAUUCCUGGACUCAUUCAACUUCUUACCCUGCCUUGGUUCCCAGAAAGCCCCAGAUAUUUACUGAUUGACAGGGGUGACAAGGAGGCUUGUGUGAAAGCUCUGAGGCAGCUGCGUGGCUGUGAGGUCCAGAGCAGUGAGCUGGAUGAGAUCCUGCAGGAGCAAGCCGAAACUAAAGGCAUGAGAGCCAGCCGGCCGUGGGAGCUUUUCACUGAUCGCAGUGUGCGCUGGCAGCUCCUCUCUGUCAUGAUCAUCAGCAGUGCCAUGCAGCUUUGUGGUAAUGACUCGAUCUACUUCUAUGCAUCUUAUGUGUUUAAAGAGGCUGGGAUAUCUGAUGAGGCGAUACAAUAUGUCACGAUUGGCACGGGUACAUGUGAAUUCACCGCCUGUAUAAUGUGUAAUCUGCUGAUAGAGCAAAAAGGCCGGAAGUUUCUGUUGAUGGGAGGCUAUGUUCUCAUGACUUGCUGGGCAGUUGUCUUCACAAUAGCUCUGUCAUUUGAGCACAAAAUAUCAUGGAUGCCCUACCUGAGCAUGACAUGCAUCUUCACCUACAUCCUUAGCUUUGGCAUGGGACCUGCUGGAGUGACUGGAAUUCUGCCCACAGAAAUUUUCAAUCAGGCAGCUCGGCCGGCAGCUUACAUGAUAGCUGGCUCCAUGAUGUGGCUCAACCUCUUCAUCACUGGAAUGAUCUUCCCAUUCCUGGUGAGCGAGCUGAGUCAAUUCUGCUUCGUGCCUUUUGGUGCAGUCUGCCUGUUAGCUGCCCUGUAUGUUGGUUUGUUUCUGCCUGAGACCAAAGGAAAGACACUAUCAGUCAUUACCAGCGAAUUCCACAAGCUCAACUUCAAGGCCCAGGAGAAACAGUGUUCAUCAGCAACCCAGGCCCAGUAUCAACUGGGUGAAGUGUGUCAUUCCACAGCCUUGUAGAGAGACAGGUUUUUUCAUGAAGUACAGUAACAUGCAGGGGCC